AUGGAUGUAAUUCCAGAUCAUUAUAUGGACUAUCGUCGAACCUCUUAUGCAGAAGCGUUGCAGUGCCAUGACUUUGACCUGUCUAUUCCUCACCAACACCAUUCCUUUGAUAGAAGAGAUCCAGUUGUAAAUAUCAAAGGGAGUAAAGUAAAACACGUAACCCGCGAAACUCAAUAUCUGCCAAUAGACAAUGUUGGUUUAUUUGCAUUCGUGUAUAUAACAUGGUUAUCUCCGUUAAUCAAAAAGUCAUUUAAGAUGGGACUGACUGCAAAUGAUCUUUGGCAGUGCGGAAAAUCGGACUCAGCGGAGUAUCAUGGACUAAGAUUUGAACGACUGUGGAAAGAUGAGCUUGAAAAGCGUGGAAGAGAAAAAUCGUCCCUUUUUACUGUUUUUAUCCGAUUUAUCAAGUUUCACAUUUCGCUCAGUAUUGUUUUUCUGCUGAUAUUUAAUACAACGUUGGUGUGCCUUACAGUGACUAUAUUCCAUAUAUUGAAGUACAUACAAGGGAGUGAGACGAAUCUUCCAUAUGCACUAGGUCUGUGUUUUACAAUGCUAGCACUGGAAGCGAUGCGCUCUGCAAUGAAUGCAUUAAAUUUUAAUCAUACCUACAGAGUUGGGAUGAGACUCCGAAGUGCCAUUCUGGUUGCAAUAUAUUCGAAAGUAUUGCGUAUCAGGAAUUUACAGGACCAGACAAUAGGGCAGAUCAUCAAUUUAUGUGCUAAUGAUACCCAGCGUAUAUUUGAUGCCAUAAAUAUGGGAGUAUUUGCGGUCACAGGACCAACAUUGGGAAUAGCAAUGGUUAUAUACAGUUAUAUAUUACUUGGGCCUGCUGCAUUGAUUGGUGCAACAGUUUUCUUUCUCGCAUGGCCAAUACAGGUCAUUUUUGGGAAACUAAUUUCCAAGUUUAGAAUAAAUACAGUGAAGAUAACAGACAGAAGGGUUCGCAUGACUAACGAAAUGAUUCUUAGUAUUGCACUGAUUAAAAUGUAUGCAUGGGAUCAUUUAUUAACCAAGAAAGUUCAAGAGAUUAGAAACACUGAAAGGACCUUCCUGGAAAAAGCUGGUUAUUUAUGUUCUGCUAAUGUAUUUAUCAAUCCCAUUGUGCAAGUUUUGUCAGUAUUUCUAACUUUCUUGGUACACGUUUUGACCGGAAAUGAGCUUACAGCAGCCACGGCAUAUGGAGUAGUUGCUAUUUUUGGUCUGACAAGAACAAUGGUGUCAACACUCCCACUAUCAGUAAAAUAUAUUUCUGAGUCUGUUAUUGCAGCUGAAAGAAUGAAAAAAGUAUUGCUGAUUGAGGAAAUCCAAACAUAUACAAGAAAAGCUGAUCAUGAGUAUAAUGCAAUCGAGUUGUCCUCAGCACAUUUUUCAUGGAAUAAAAAAAGACAAAAUGAUCGUACAUCUCAACCUCAAGAUAGUGGUAAAAUGACGAGCAAUUAUCUUGGUAAUACCAGUCAACAGAUAGAAGACAAUGUAAUAUUAUUUGACAUCAACUUAACCGUUAAAAAGGGUCAGCUGAUUGGGAUAUGUGGUAGUGUAGGUAGUGGUAAAUCAUCGCUUAUAUCGGCCAUUUUGUCUCAAAUGCGGCUAAUAACCGGUAAAAUUGCCAUUGAUGGUAGCAUGGCUUACGUCUCCCAACAACCAUGGAUUUUUAAUGCCACAUUUAAAGAAAAUAUAUUGUUUGGUCUUCAAUUUGAUAAGCAGUUAUAUGAGAAAUGUAUACAUGCAUCAUGUCUUCAAGACGAUGUUGAUAUCUUACCAAAUGGCAGUGAAACUGAGAUUGGAGAGAGAGGUAUAAAUUUAAGUGGUGGUCAGAAACAGAGAGUGAGCCUAGCAAGAGCAUUAUAUGCUGGUAACAAUAUAUACUUACUAGACGACCCACUGAGUGCAGUGGAUACACACGUUGGACAGCACAUUUUAAAACAUUAUGUAAUGGACGCUCUUCAUGGUAAAACAGUGUUAUUUGUUACUCAUCAGUUGCAGUAUUUGAGAGGCUGUGACAAAAUUCUAGUUGUGCAAGAUGGCAGAAUUCAUGAAAGUGGAACACAUCAGCAAUUAAUUAAUUAUGGUGGUCAUUAUGCAAAUUUAAUAAAGCGUUUCCACAGUAAAGAAGUUACAGAAUUGAAUAACACAAUUGAUAGCAUUUCAAAUAUAAAUACUGCAGUUUCAGUUGAUGCAUAUGCCACGUGUGCUCACAGUGAUUCAUCCAUGAGUCUCAGCAACACAUCACGGAUAUCAUUUGGCAUUCCUCAUGAUAAUAAGAAGGAGGAAAGUGGUAAAUUAAUGACAAAAGAAGAGCAAGCAGAAGGUGGGGUAAAAUUGGCAACGUAUCAUGCUUAUAUACAAUACGGUGGAGGAUAUCUGAUAUCAAUCUUCACAAUAUUCACAAUAGUUAUUGUAACUGGUUGUGUUGCCGCUAGUAGUUGGUGGCUUGGUUACUGGAUUGCUCACACUACUAAUCAGGAUACCAAUAGCACAUAUACAAAUGAGACCCUUACUACUGGCUUUAUAACAGAGAAUACAGAUACAGCAUAUUUUGGUUAUGCGUAUAGUAUUAUAAUUGUAAUUAUGAUUACGUUUGCAAUUGUCAAAUGUGUUCUAUAUGUCAAGAUUACACUGAAAGCGGCAACUAGAUUGCAUAACGAAGUUUUCAAGAAGGUGUUCCAAAGUCCAAUGACUUUCUUUGAUACUACACCUUCAGGACGAAUUAUAAACAGAUUUUCAAAAGAUCUAGAUGAAGCUUUUUCAUACUUUCGACAUGCAAUGCGUGACCUAAAGCGACUUGACCAUAUUAGUAGGUCACUUUGGCUUUCACACAUGACUGCAACUACACAAGGAGUUUCUACUGUUCGUGCAUAUGGAAAACAAGGGGAAUUCAGCAAAAGAUUUGCAGAUUUAGUUGAUUGCAAUUCAGUUCCAUUCGUCUUGUUCUAUCUGACAAAUCGAUGGGUUGCUGUGCGGCUAGAUGUAAUUGGCAUGAUAACUUCAUUUAUUGCUGCUCUGAUGACAGUACUAACACAUGGGCAUGUACCUCCAUCUUAUAGUGGAAUAGCCCUAUCAUAUGCAGUGCGGCUGACAGGAGCUUUGCAGUUUCUUGUGAGGAUGAUUGCAGACUGUGAAGCCAGAUUUUCAUCAGUUGAACGAAUACAGUAUUAUAUUAAAAACUUAAUAUCUGAAGGACCAGCAGUAACUGAAAAUAGACCGCCCGAUAACUGGCCUCACGCAGGUACAAUAGAAUUACAAGAAUUGAAGAUGCGCUAUCGUGAAAACCUCCCUCUUGCUUUAAGAGGUGUCUCAUGCAAAGUAGAGUCAAUGCAGAAGAUAGGAAUUGUCGGUAGAACUGGAGCAGGAAAAUCUUCCCUUGGUGCUUGUUUUUUUCGUCUGAGGGAGCUAAACUCCGGUGCUAUAUAUAUUGAUGGUAUUAAUAUAGCGACUCUAGGAUUACAAGAUUUAAGAUCAAGAUUGACAAUAAUUGCCCAAGAUCCUGUUUUGUUUGUUGGAACUGUCAGAUAUAAUUUGGAUCCAUUUAAACAAUAUUCUGAUGAUGAAGUUUGGUCAGCUUUGGAAAAGUGUUACAUGAAAGACACGGUGCGAGAAUUGGAAUAUAAAUUGAAUGCCCCUGUUGUUGAAAAUGGUGAAAACUUUUCCGUUGGUGAAAGACAACUACUGUGCAUGGCAAGGGCAUUGCUCAGAAAAUCUAAGAUAGUCAUGCUGGACGAGGCCACUGCUUCCAUUGACACAGCGACUGAUAGUCUUUUACAACAAACAAUAAGAGACGCAUUUCAAGAUUGUACUAUGUUGAUAAUAGCACACAGGCUAAACACUGUAUUAAAUUUCGAUAAAAUUAUGGUCAUGGAUAAGGGAAAGGUUGUUGAGUUCGAUAAACCUUCAAUACUUUUGGCUAAUACGAAUUCCAAAUUUAGUUCAUUAAUGUCAGCUGCUGAAACAAAUGGUUAUAUAGAUUAA